AUGGCCCAUCUGGAGCACCUGGAGCAACAACUGGCUCUGCCGUACCAGCUACUGGAUCUAAUGGCCCAUCUGGAGCACCUGGAGCAACAACUGGCUCUGUCGUACCAGCUACCGGAUCUAAUGGCCCAACUGGGGGACUUGGAGCAACAACUGGCUCUGCCGUACCAGCUACCGGAUCUAAUGGCCCAACUGGGGGACCUGGAGCAACAACUGGCUCUGCAGUACCAGCUACUGGAUCUAAUGGCCCAUCUGGAGGACCUGGAGUAUCAUCUGGCUCUGCUGUACAAGCUACUGGAUCAAAUGGCCCAUCUGGAACACCUGGAGCAACAACGGGCUCUGCCGUACCAGCUACUGGAUCUAAUGGCCCAUCUGGAAGUCCUGGAGCUUCAACUCGCUCUGCCGUACCAGCUACCGGAUCUAAUGGCCCAUCUCGAGGACCUGCAGCAACAACUGGCUCUCCCGUACCAGCUACUGGAUCUAAUGGCCCAUCAGGAGCUACUGGAGCAACAACUGGUUCUGCCGUACCAGCUACUGGAUCUAAUGGCCCAUCUGGAGGACCUGGAGCAAAAACUGGCUCUGCCGUACCAGCUACCAGAUCUAAUGGCCCAUCUGGAGGACCUGGAGCAUCAUCAGGCUCUGCCGUACCAAUUACCGGAUCAAAUGGCCCUUCUGGAGGACCUGGAGCAUCAUCUGGCUCUGCCGUACCAGCUACUGGAUCUAAUGGUCCAUCUGGAGCACCUGGAGCAUUAA